AUGAGCCUGCCAUCUUCUGAAUUCACCUUCUCAGCAAGCCCACUGCCUGCGGUGGUCUUCACUCCUCCAUUGUUAUCCCGAGAGAGCAGUAACGAAGGAAGUUUUGCGUCAACCUCACAAUCCCCGAGACCGACGCUUCUGCUCUUUCAGGAUUUGAGCCUCAACGAUUCUGCAGGCUCGAUGACUACCCCUCGAGCUAGGUCGCCAACUGCAUGGCUGAGCCCAGGUAGCUCACCUUCUACAUAUGCACAGCAGCAUAAUGCUACUCCGCGUCCUAGGCGGAAACUCGUGCCCUACCCCCGUGGCAGCCGAAACUCCGGGAGAAGCCAGUCAAUAUUCUCCAGCACAACCCAAGCCACUUCAUAUGUUGACGCCAGGGAGGAGAGAACCGAGUCCAUAUUUUCAGAUAAUGAUACGGAUAGAGUACAGGUCCCUGGGGCCUUUCCCGCCCAAAGUGGCCGUGGCGAAAGUCACGCCUCAGGCGACGCCACAGAGAGUGAGGAUGGAUCAGAAAGUGAUCAAGAUAGCGACAUUGCGGAGGUUACUGAGAACAUACCCAGUGAUAUUCGUGAAGAGCCGCUCCCUGCCGCGCCAGUCUAUAACCAUCGGCUUCAGACUGGUCUGAAAGAAGUUAAAGGUGAACUGUCUAGUCUCGCCGACAUGAUGGCACUCUCGGAGCUAAAACAAGAUCAAUCUACCGAUUUGCAUUCUUUAUUUGAGCGGACCAAAAGAAUGAGCGUGUUUGAGUAUCCAGAAACUCGGACUGUGGGGUUCAUCGGAGACUCCGGGGUUGGCAAAAGCUCUUUGAUAAACUCUUUACUUGACCAGAAGAGCCUGUCACGUUCAAGUAGCGAGGGUGCGGCUUGCACCUGCGUUGUGACUGAAUUCCGACAUGUUGAUAGCAAUCAUACCGGGCCUUUCACUAUUGAAGCGCAGUUCAUGACCGCACAAGAAAUGAAAGAGCUUCUGGAGGAGCUCCUCUCGAGCUUCCGUCAAUUCCAUGUCACUUCUUUCUUUCAGGAGCUGAAAUCGCAGGAUGAACAGCAGAAGUGUCGCGAUGCCGCUGAUAGAGCCUGGGAAACGUUUAAAUCUUUGUUCAGCAACCAACCAAGAUUGACGAUGGAGUUUCUUUCUGCUGACUCUGAUGGGGCUCACUCGGACCUUCUUGAGCAGUUAGAGCGAUGGGCAUAUGCUGGUUUAACACUGCGACCCGGUGGACCCGAUGCGCAUGAGUACUCUGUGAUUGCUGGUGAUCUUACGGAAUGCAAAGCGUCCCUCGACCUGCUGACUGCCAAUAAUAUGGGUGAUGGUAAACCUGCACUGUGGCCAUUUAUCAAAUUGAUCAGGGUAUAUCUCAGUUCACCCAUUUUGAAAACCGGGUUAAUAUUGGCUGAUCUACCUGGCCUCAGAGAUCUUAACUUUGCGAGGGUUCGAGCCACCGAACGGUACCUUGUUCAUAGCUGUGACGAGGUCUUUGUCGUGGCAGACAUUGGUCGCGCUUGUACAAAUCCGUCCAUACAAGAUGUCAUGCGAAGAUGUAGAGAUGACCAGCCGCGACAAGUGAUUUUAUCAAAGUCGGAGGUUAUAUCGCCCGAAGAGUCUGGUCGUGAAAAUACUCCAGAUGCUCUUCAAAUAAGGCGAAUGAAUAAAGAGAUCCAGGCUAUCCGGAAACAAAUUGAAUUGACCGAGAUUCGUUUACGAAAAGUGCGCGGGGCAAAACAAGCAGAACUUGCGGUCAAAGGGUAUGAACUACGCGACAAGGAGAACGAGUUGACUUUCCAGAUAAAAAGGUUUCUCAUCAAUCGGAGAAACUCCCUGGUAGCACAAGAACUUACCAGAAGGCACGCAGACACCAGGGUCUUCUGCAUCAGCAAUACUCUCUACUCCGAGUACCGCUGUAGUGGGAACAGCCAGGCAGAGGCAUACGUUGAUCUUUCGGGAAUUCGCGAACUGCGCCGCCACUGCCAAUUGGUCCCCGCAGAGGGUCAAAUGCGUUCGACAUCCGCAUUCCUGGAAAACCAAGUGCCAGCUUUGUUGGGAUCUAUACGUCAGUGGGCAUUAUCUGGAACAGAUUCGGUUACGGCCGAAAAAUCUGCUAUCCUCCGACGGGUUUUGGAAAAUGCAAGAGAGGCUCUUCACCGGGAAUUUAUUUCUUCUCGAUCGUAUAUUCAUCUUACGCGUCAGAGCUUGGAUGAUCUAUUCACUGAACGCAUUACCGAGGUUAUUCGGAAUUCUCGAGCUAGCUUGACGGCUCAGAGUAUUGAAAUCAGCCUGGGAUGGGCAGGAUGGGCGCAUCCCACGUAUUCUGCAUUUUGUCGCAAAUUCGGAGACCACGAGACCGGAAAUCAGCCUUAUCGCUGCUGGAAUAAUGAGUUAGUCCAACCAGCACGUGAAGAGCUAGAUAUUAAAUGGGAGGAUAUACUGGAUUGGUUGCAAGCCCAAACGGGGAGAUUGGUGGGAGAAACCCGCACUACUUUCGAAAAAUUGCGAGAAGAGAUUGAGGCGAAUAUUGAACUUGCACCCCACGCCCUCGAAAACCUCCAACAAAGCAUGAAAUCCAGGCAAGCAUGCAUUGAGGAUCAUAUACGGGACUCUAUCCAGAAGAUGAUUCGAAGCUUUGAACUCGCAAAAAGAGACAUGCUUUACGGCCAUGCCAGCUCGUUUAUAUCAGGCCUGAUGCAGCCCGCCUAUGCUGCCAUCAACCGAGAGAGGGGAAGUGGAAGUGACCGCCGCCGGAAAGAAAUCAUGAACGACCAUCUGACGCAUUCGAGGCUGUUUGCCGAAUUGUCUAACCUGGCCCGCAGCGAAUACACAAAUGUUGUAACUGACUGUUUCAAUGCUCUGCAGGAAAAAGUAAGCGAGCAGAUAGAGAGUAUGGUGAGAGACUUCCAUGCGGUUGUUACAGUCGAAGGUCAAGUCCCGGAGGCGGAACAGGUUCCCGCAUUGGCGGAUGCUCUUAGAGCCCGAUUUGGCAGGACAGAGGAGAUCCUUGAGAGUACCAGGGUUGUUGUACGAGAGCUCAAUCAGAGGAGAUGA